UAAAGGUCAGUUCAGUGAAAAGGGGCCCACGUCAGACGCAUGACCCCAGUCUGCAUCCACACGGUGUGCACGUACCUGUGUUUAAUAGGCAGCGCGCGUGUCUGUGCUCGGGUUACAUAAGAAGGAGGAGAGGGAGAGGCUCUGCACGGGCACAGCUGCCCCAACCUAUCCCUUUAAAUGCGCGUACGCGUGUGCAUGUGCACGCGUGCGCGUGUUUGGGUGAGAAAUUACGCGAGGGCUGUUGUGUUGUGCCGGAGGACGAUCGAAAAACACAACGGAGGCGAACCUCGGCCCACCUUUGAGCUCAUAGAAGGUCGCUUGUCCACCUGCGUGUGAAUGCUUCUCACUUUUGGACCCGGCUGCUCCCCCGUGGUGCCGAUGGGCUCCGUGGGUGCAUCGCUGGCCUCCCGAUAGGAAAUAGCGGGCAGGGCGGCCUCCAGAUCUUUAUUUGUUUUCGUCCCGAUCGGAGGGGAAAAACGUGAGGAUCAUGGAUUAAAAGCCGAGCAGCGCAUAUCCGUCUGAGAGGUUCCCAAUGUUGAACAUGUCCACCCCCAGUGAGCUGAAGUCUCCCUGCGUGACUCGCAACGGCAUGGUGAAGCUGCCCCCCAGCCAGCCCAACGGUCUGGGCAGUGCCAGCAUCACCAAGGGCACCCCUGCUGCCAAGAACCGCCUGUGCCAGUCCUCCUCAGUUCCUUCCAUACUGCCUCCUCCACCAUCCUCCCUUCCCUACCACCACCACCACCACCAUCUAGACAACACAGUCAUGCCGCAUUCGGCGGCCUCCAUCUUAGGUUGUGACCUGGAAGCUGGGAAGCAGCUCGUAGGCCUGAAAGCAUCCCUACGCCAACUACCCCCGCUUACUCUACCCAAACCCAUUCUGCUGGACCGCCAGCUCGUCCUGGAUGAGAAGCUGCUUAACCGACUGCUCUGGUACUUCACCACAGCUGAAAAGUGUAUGCUGACACAGGUAUGCAAGACAUGGCGUAAGGUGCUGUACCAGCCCAAGUUCUGGGAGGGUGUGACACCCAUACUGCAUGCCAAGGAGCUUUACACCCUGUUGCCCAAUGGAGACAAGGAGUUUGUCAGUCUUCAGGCCUUUGCCCUGCGUGGCUUCCAGUCUUUUUGCUUAGUGGGCGUGUCAGACCUGGACAUUUGUGAGUUCAUUGACAACUACCCACUCUCCAAGAAGGGGGUGCGUUCAGUCAGCCUCAAGAGGUCCACCAUCACGGACGCUGGAUUAGAGGUCAUGUUGGAGCAGAUGCAGGGUCUCAUGCAUCUCGAACUGUCGGGGUGCAACGACUUCACGGAGGCCGGCCUGUGGUCCAGUCUAAACGCCCGCUUAACCUCACUAAGCGUCAGCGACUGCAUCAAUGUGGCGGAUGAUGCCAUCGCUGCCAUCUCACAGCUCCUGCCCAAUCUGUCGGAGCUGAGUCUGCAGGCCUACCAUGUGACUGACACAGCCAUGGCGUACUUCACAGCCAAACAGGGCUACACCACCCACACUCUGCGGCUUCACUCGUGUUGGGAAAUCACCAAUCACGGCGUGGUAAAUAUGGUGCACAGCCUUCCCAACCUGACAGCACUCAGCCUCUCCGGCUGCUCCAAAAUCACCGACGACGGUGUAGAGCUGGUGGCGGAGAACCUGCGAAAACUCCGCAGCUUGGACUUGUCAUGGUGCCCCCGAAUCACCGACAUGGCCCUGGAGUACAUUGCCUGUGACCUGCACAAACUGGAGGAACUCGUCCUUGACAGGUGUGUACGGAUCACAGACACAGGCUUGGGUUAUUUGUCCACAAUGUCAUCAUUGCGGAGCCUUUAUCUCCGCUGGUGUUGUCAGGUGCAGGAUUUUGGACUGCAGCACUUGUUCGGAAUGAGGAGCCUUCGUCUACUCUCCCUGGCAGGCUGCCCCCUGUUGACCACCACCGGGCUGUCGGGACUCAUUCAGCUGCAGGAUCUGGAGGAACUGGAGCUGACCAACUGCCCGGGAGCCACCGCCGAGCUCUUCAAAUACUACUCGCAACACCUCCCGCGCUGCAUGGUUAUCGAAUAAGACAACCAUCUCACCCCUGGCAAUACUUCAACCUUCCUCCUCUUUACUCUCACUCACUCCUGUCAAGCACCAGCCAGGAAAAAGAACAGCAUUCCUCACAUGCUGGUCCCCUCACCCCACGCCCGUCUUCCUCCACACCCCAUUGAAUCGGCUGACGAGAGGAAGGAGGACAUCGGGGUCUCACGUGACUGGACGGCGUUCACUGGAGACGGUGGCGGAGAGAAUGGCCUAGGAUGACGUCUUGUCUGGCCGCAAGUUUCAUUUCAGAAGGGCGCGGGGAGGUUUCGGACAUGGAACUCGGAUUGUUUCCCAUGGCAGAUUGGAUCCGCAAGCGAUGGCGUGCAGAUCCAGCUGCGACGAAGCGGUAUUCGAAAAACACAAACAAUGACUUUUGUGAUGCUGUUCUGGUGGAACUCACACACAUGUGCUUAACAUUUUAACCACACUCACACACAUGGUCAAUGAAACAAAACCUCAAGUACUAACAGUUCUUUUUCAUAACCUACCCGGCUGUUUUUCCUCAAAGCUUUCAGUGUUCUCUUAUUCUGACACAAACCAGCUUGUCACGAAAGCCGACAAUUUCUCAAAUAGAACUUCUUUUUCCUUUGUGUGUGUGUGUGUGUGUUUGUUUGAGAGAGAGAGAGAGAGAGAGAGAGAGAGAGAGAGAGAGAGAGAGAGAGAUGAUCUCAUAGGUUCCGAUUCUGUUUGCAGAUACCACCACCAUUUCUUUCCAUUUAAGUAUAUUGUAUUGUGAGAUUUUUUUUUUUUUUAAAUGCCAUGACAUUUGCAAACUCACAGUUUAAAGUUGUUUAUCCUUUUUUGGGGGGAUUUGCACACUUGACCAAUUAAUUUUUUCCCAUUUCCUCGCUUUUUUUUGCAAGACAGUGAAAUUUUAGACGCUGUUGGACACUUCUGGCUUUCGCGUUUUUAAAGGUUAGUCUCUGAGGCUGUUGAAAAGUGUAAAGAAUGAAUUCAAUUUUUUUUUUUUUUUUUUUUUUGCCGGAGAAAUUUUAUUGACAGUUAAAAGUGCUUUUGCCUUGAACGCUUUCACGCUUGCAAGGCUGUACCCCUGCCUUGAAAUGUUUUAGUCAGACGACAAAGUGUCAAUUUGAAGUAUUUCUUGAGUGAAGGCGUGUUCGAGUUUGCCACUUCACUUAAAAUCGUGGUGGAAACACAUUUAUGGUUUCGUGUUUCUUUUUGGAAUUGUGUGUUUCUUGAGGUGAACAUGAAUUGUGGACCCCUGAGGGUCAUAUUAAUUUUAUGUAAGUCAGGGGAUUUCAGUAUUUAUUAACUCCGCCUAGGAGGAUUUUUUUUUUUCCGGUGCUGUUGAUGUGUCAGUGGGCUCACUUACAAAUGACCUGGUAAAUUGAUUUUAAAGGCAUGUCCAUGAAAAUAUAAAUAUACAUUAUAGACAACAGAAGCCUGUACUCUCCACUAGAUGCCAAGAUGGUCAAAAGAGUUUUGAAAGUUCCUGAAAUGUCAGUAAAUUAGCUUAUCGAAAAAUUUUAGGAUGCUUUUUCAGUAUGUUACAGUUCGGAGUCGGACGUCAUGUAUUGCUGAGUUUUGAUAAACUGCAAAUGAAAAAUGAAAAGACACUUACUUAAGACCCAAAUUGUCAAAAUUGCAAUUUAAAAACUACAUUUGAAAUGCUGUUUGAAAAUGGAGUAAAAAUUGGUUGAUCAGGUGGCUUCUGGGUGGAAGUAACACAAAGGUCAAAAAAGUUGAAGAGGUUUACUACGUUGCAUCGUUCUAAAGGAUCCCGCAAACCUUAGGGGGAGAGAUUUCUGCGAGGCGGACAACACAAAGGGGCACAGUAGCUUGAGAAAAAUUUUCAUUUAAUCUCCUAAAUUGUAAUAAAUGUGAAUGACAGACAAGCAGGUGAACGUUUCAAGUAAAGUUGCGAUGGUCAGUUUUUGGAGUUUAUUGCAGAAAUAUUACAUACACAUGCCAGGUUAUGUACGGUACCGCAAAUGGAUUGUUUCAUUACAACAAACGGGGAGACAUCAGAAAAAUAGAUCAAAUCAGUUCCAAAAAAUAUAUAUGUCAGUUUUUGAAUAGCAGCCGUUUUUAAACUGAUUAGCAUACUGUACAAUGUUGAUAUAGUUCUACGUAAAGCAGCACUGUGAUGUUUUAAAAGUUUGUUAGACCUAAAAUUUCACAAAGGUCUCUCAAUGAGUUUUUAAGUUCAGGAAAAAAGGAAGGACAAUUGAAAUAAUCGAUCUAUAAUUUAUUAGUAAUAUAGAAAAUGUUCCGAACACCAAAUCUCAUGAAUAUAAUGUGUCAUAUAUGUCACUGUGGCCAUUCACCAAAUAAAAUUUCACUUUUCCACUCACUCAAAAUGAAAUUAGGGAAUAUUAAUAAUAGAACUUCAUAAAAUUGUGAUAUUAUAGCAUGUACAGUGGUGCCUUGAGAUAUGAUUUAAUUAUUUUCAUACUCAUAUCGCAUAUCAUCUUUCCUCAUUCAAAUUAGGGCUGUACAAUAUUGGGGGGAAAAUGACUCCAAUUUUUUUUUUUUUUUAAAACCUGCUAUAUAUAUUCUGAUGUGAAAUAAAACCGGAUCAGUGUUGGGAAAGUUCCUAUUGUACAUUAACUAGUUCAAAGUGAAGUUCGCGUACUGAAAAUGAACUCGUUUAGUGCAUGGUUCAAUUUCACUGGUCAAAAAAUGAAGAAAUUUGUAGUUAUUUAGUUGAUUUCAUUUUUUAUAUAUUUUUUUUAAUGUUGCUAACGGUCCUUUCCCCUCAAAAUACUGCCAUUUCAUUUCCCCUAUUGUUGCCACCUAUUCAGUUCACACUAGUAGCCAGUUCCAGCUCUCACCCUACAAUCUCAAAAACAUCUUGCCUUGAAUGGUGUUUUGUUUCUGUUUUUUGUUUGUUUAUUUUUUUUAAUGGGGAAUUGAAUCAAAAACGGGACUUUUGUCGUUAUUGUGCCAACAAAAACACACAACACAGUAUGAGUAGGACAAUGGUGAAAGGACAUUGAUAACUGCAUUCCUUAUAGUUCUGGCUGACUAUUUUAACAAAAUAAUAGCUCUAUUCUUGUAUUACAAAACCCUUUUUUUGUUGUUGUUUUUGUCCUGUUCGGCUGUCAGAUCAAAUAGUAUGGAGGAUAUGUAUCCCUUUUCUUCCAAACAGAUGUAUUGUGUCACACCAGAGUUUCAAGGCUUCCUGUGUGAUUUAAAACAAAAAAAAAAUCAAUUAUAAUUGAUGCUUAUUGUCGAUAAGUCAAACAGAACAAGGAUUCUACAGUGGAAGAAAACAAAGACAAAAGACAGAGCGCUAAUUACAAAGUACGCGAAAGAAAAAAUAAAAGUAAAUCAAUUAAUAUAUAUCGACAACAGUACGUCAACAUCACAGAAAUUCAUGCGAUGUAGCUUUUGCACGCAGGUACAUCUCGAUGCCGAUGCAGAAAAAAACGAAAAGAGUAAAAAAUGUCAUGAAGUGCUUCCAGUCCAAAAAACAACGGAAAACAUUUUAAUGUGUUAUUUGAUAAGAAAGUUGGAGUUUACCAAAAAAAAUCACCUAGCAAAUUUGAAUACAAUGUAAAAAAAAAAUUAAACAUCCUGUACAUCACAAGAAGUUCAUUGCAGCUCCUCCUGGUGUGCACGAUUUAGCCAGAGAGCAGUAUAGUACAGAAAGUUUCCCAACUGUGAGUGUUGUUACAUUGUCUGUCUACAAGUGUUGCUGCACUAUUUUUGUUUAAAUAUCUGUUGUUUACACUGCCACAUAGAUGCUAUUCAUUAGCCCCUCUAUGGCAUUUACCAUUACGUGUUAGGUUCAAAGCGCAUGUGUGUAUUUGUUUUGAAUACACUAAGUGUGAUUCUCUUUGUUUUUGUUUUUCUUUUGUUUUGUUUGACCGUUAGCUUCAACUGGGAGUGGCAUUAAACAUCUUGCAGACGGCUGCUUGUUGUCAAGCGAAUUCACCUGCCACUACACAGCGCUUGCAUCGAAAAUGUUUGCUUGCAAAAGUCAAAGCACAAAAAAAAGACGGCUUGUAUCUCAAGGCACCACUAUUUACAAUUGUGCGUGAAAGAAAAAUAGCGAGAAAUGUUAAUUUACAAGCUGGACGUUGGUGCAGGAGUUCAAAUGGAAUCUAAAUGUUGCAAGUAAGCGUUGUAAUUGCAAAGAAAACCUAAAGUGAAUGAAAUGUCAUGAGUUUGCAAUGCAGAACAAACACAAAAAAGCCAUCUGCUCAUUUGACUGAGUGAAAAUUACUGUCGUUACAAAGAAAAGAAUCAUUUCAACAUAAAGUUAUUUUUAUAGCGUUGGUUUGAUAUUAAAGGGAAAUGAAGAUGCCUGACAGUGAGCCACACUGCUAUUUUUUCUUUUUUUUUUUUUUUAAUGAUUUGCCUCGAGUAUGUCAUCCGACUUGCUCACUGCCAACUGGAAGGAGCGGCUUAGCGAGAGCCACUGUUGGGUUGUGCCAAAUACGAUUUGCAGCACCACGCGUUGCUGCUUGGCCUCGUCCGCGAAUUGUACAGGGGGCGCACCGUGCAUGUUUUGAGUUGCUCUGCCUCCACGUUUGAGGGAGGCUGUCCUUCAUCUGGUCAUUGUACAUAUUUAUUUAUCUAUUUAUUUAAAUUAAUUUUUGGUCUUGCCUAUGUGGUUUAUUUAUUGAGAGACAUUGCUUCAAAUUUGCAAUGAUCGCUGUUUGAGAUCCCCUCCCCUCCAUCAUUUCAACCUCUAAAAUAAAUAUUUGACCGAGUGUUGAUAUGAUACAUUCACUGUCAUUUUGUUGAAUGUGGCAGGAAAAAAAUAUAUUGUGUCUGAGAUUUACAGUACCUCUGUCAUGGCUAACCGAUGUUUACACUAUACUACUAAUAACAUGAUUAAGGGCAAGAUUUAGAAUUUGGUCAUGCAAAAUUACAUCUAUGGAAGCUUAUUAACGACAAAAAAAAAUUAACUUGGUCAGAACCAAGCUGUGGUGUUUGUUUAUCAUGCCAUCAUUCAUAUAACAGAACAUUUAUUAAAGGAUUUUAUUAACUAUUAUAUAUUUGGUGUUUUGAUUUCGUUAAUGUGUCCUUCAUACUGAAUACACACAAACCUGGCAUUUUUAUAUGUUGUUGACUUUUAAACAAUUGAAAGCUGGGUGGAUAAAAGUAUUUACAUAAAAAUAUUGUAAAGUCCUUGCAGAAAACAAUUCAACAAUUUAACGUGCAUUUAACACCCACUGUAUAUAAAGUAUAACCUUCAUUUUUUAUAGAAGAAAAUACAAGCAAAUGAUGUAAGUAGUUAGUAUCAGUAGAGUAUUGGGGAAAUCAAAUUCCCGAAUUGAAUUAAUUCAGAAUUUAAUGAGUGAACACAACAUUGUCUGCAAUGAGCUUCCAUAGGUUCAAGUGCAAGUUUACAUUUCAUAAAUGCACACGUACGUUCAGGCAUUUCAAAUCUAAGUCCACGGUACAUUAGAUAAGGAACAUUUUUCAAAGAGAAAAUUGUACCUGUCACUUCUACUGCUGUCUUUGUAUACAUCUGUCGCCCAUUUUGUUACACAACCCUUGUACAGCACAACUUUCAACAGUCA